AUGUGCUGUCCUUCUCCUACCCCGUCCGCCCGCGUCUCAUCCGCGCACCGUGCCCUCUCUGCUCGCUGCUGCUGCUGCUGUGGUGGAGGUGCUUUUGGGUUAAAUCUGGGGUGGAAACAGAGAAAGGAUAUAUGCGCGACAAGCCCGGAUCUUGAGCUCGUUCGGUGCGGUAUGAACCAUGACUCCAAUAAAUCCUCAUCAUUAGGAAUGAUCUCCACGGCAACCCGCACCACGGCCACAGUCAGUCCCCUGAACCCGCUAACCAAUGGGAGCGCAGUGUCCCAGUCUGCAAACUCCGGAUUCGCUGCUGCCCUGCGUAAACUGGCCAAGCAGGCCGAGGAUCCCCGAGGUUCAGCCGUGAGCCGCGAGUCGUCUCCUGUGUCCACCCCGUCCACCAGCCACAGCUCCCCAGUGACCACUCCCAAGAGGACAUCCUUAGGCCCUCACCUGGGCCAGAGCCGGGGCCACACCAUCCCCAGCACCCCUCCAGUAGUAACCAUAGCCCCCACCAAGACCAGCAACAGCCUGUGGAGGUCCGACUCCAGGCAGGCUGAGGUGAGCGUUCGCGAUCGUCUGGAAAACCAGCCGCACCCACAAGACAAGAGGACUCCCCCCAUCUCCUCCCCCCGGCCUCUCCCACACCCCUUUGGCCUUCCACCCAGCGCUGUCAUGCAGGACCCCAGGAUACAGAGCCUCAGUUUGCCCGGGCAGAUGCACCCUGGGGUCCCUCCUGGUGCGGUCCCAGAGGAGUAUCUCCGAGCGCUCCGUCCCUAUGGCGCCUCAGAGGACCUCCGCCUGGCCUCGCUGCCCCUGGGCCUGGACCCUGCCGCUGCCCACGCUGCCCACGCUGCUGCUGCGUACUACCACCCAGCCUACCUCCACCACCCUCUGUCUCUGCAACGAAUGGAGGAGUCCCUGUGUCUCUCGGCUCUUCGCUCGCCGUUCUAUUCCGUGCCUGGAGGUGGCGCCUUCCCCUCUCUGCACCCGUCCGCUCUGCACAUGCACCUGCCUGGGAGCCGCUACCCCGGGGAACUCAACCACAACGCUCUGGCCGAGAGGCUACAGAUGGAGAGCGAGCUGCGCCAGCGAGAGCACGAGCGCGAACGCGAGAAGGAGAGGGAGCGAGCGGCCAAGGGAGCGGAGCGAGAGAGGGAGAGGGAGAGAGAGAGAGAGCGGGAGAGGGAGGACGAGGACAGACAGAAGGAACGCCACCGGGACAGACAGCAGCAGAUGGUCCGAGCGGCCGAGAGCCACUACCUGGCCGAGCUGCAGGCUCGCAGGGCACUGCCGGAGGACAGGCCACGUCCAGGAGAGAGGCUGACCCCAAACAGACCGGAUAAAGCCAAGGAGUCUGAGCACUUAAGUUUCACUGCUCCAAAACCUCUGCUGCAGUCCAGCCUGCACUCCUCCAGGGGUUCUGUCCCACACCCUGUGCCCAGCUUGGUGCCCUCACACAUGGGCAAGCAUCACAGUAGUCUGGCAGCUGCCAUGAUGAGUCAGAGGAUGAAUGAGGAAGUGUGGCUGACCCGACAAAGGGGGCAGGACCGAGAGCGGCCGUUGGAGCUGGACCUGCGCUCGCCGGGGAAGGCCCCAGAGCCAUGGAGAGAACAUCAAAGGCCCAACACUGUUCAUCUGAAUUCGCACAGUAAGGAGCCCCCUCCCUCCCUGGGUGCACCACCUCCCCUCAUCUCUCCUAAAGGACCUCCUACUCCAGCAGUCCCACCACCAACAACACUGUGGAACCCUGCCUCCUUUGUGGACAGCCCUCCAGCCCGUAAGAUGACCCCCACCACUCCCCCCAGCCGCCCGCCGCCUGGACUGACCCGCACAGACAGAGCGCCCCUCAUGUGGGGGGAGAGAACAGAGGACAGCAGCAGGAGGAGAGCAGAGGGCUUAGAGAGGCUCCCCUCUAUGAGGGGGACCAGCGUACACGACACAGGCUCCUGGGGCAAAGCUGAGCAGGACAGAACUAUUCAGAGUCUUUACCAACGCCAUCACAUCAACAACCUCCAGCAGAGGACAUGUGCCCCUCUGUCUGCUCCCCAGAGCAGUGCUGAAGUGGGGGUGCGGGACUGCAGGCGCUCCCCCACUCCUGUGCGAGAGAGGCACAGUCACAGCCGUGUGCCUGACAGUAUGCUCGUGUACGACGAGGUCCUACAGCAGCACCGGAGGCUGCUCAGCAAAUUGGACCUGGAGGAGAGGAGGAGGAAGGAGGCCCGAGAGGGAGGUUAUUACUAUGACAUGGACGAUUCUUACGACGACAGCGAUGAGGAGGAGGUGAAAGCUCAUUUGAGAAGAGUGACUGAACAACCUCCGCUCAAACUGGACACAUCCUCAGAGAAAGUGGACUUUUUGAGCAUGUGUGGUCUUACAACACUUUCAAAUCGCAAUGAGAUCCUUGCACAGAAGAGGAGGAAGAGGAGGAGGAUGCUGAGGGAGCGUAGUCCUUCUCCACCAGUGACUCAAGUCAAGAAGAAAGCCUGUCCGUCUCUGACCACACCGUUCACCGCUGACCAGAUGAACCGGACGCCUGAGCUGGGAGAGAAAAAAGACUUCCUCAGCACGUUCAGCCUCAGCCAUGUGAGCCCUGCCCAGAGGAGAGAAAAGCAGAAGACUGAGGAGCUGCUAAAGGCUAUUAAGAAGAAGACUGUCACACUGGACACUCUCAGAUACAACCCCGUACAUCCAUGUAGCACUCCCUCUCCUCCUCCCUUAAACGGUGACUCCAAAUCUGUGUCUCUUCCAAACGGACAUCCUUACCCAGACUCUCCCAGCCCCUCUCCCCCGUUCCUGCACAAGCCGAAGAAUCCGCCCCCUACCGACGCACUUAAGUCUUCCGUCGCUCCUUCCUCCCAGGCCCCCCACCACGAGAAGACGGACUUUAUAGAGCCAAACAGGAAGCCCCAUAGUCUCCACAACGGUACCGCCGACUCUCCCCUGAAAAAGGCUCCGAGCUGCGGGCAGAACGGGCGCAGCCGACCCUGGGAGAAGUUCACGCCGGAGGUCUUUGCUCAGCACUUCCACCAGGCGGUGCUGCAGUCCACACAUAACAAGGAGGGGCUCCUGACCGCAGACCACUCUCUGCCGCACAAAGCGUCUUCGCUGAAAGGCCCUCAGCCAAACCAGAGCACGGCGCACAUGAACGGUCACCACGGCCCUCCCCACGGCUCCAGCAGAGACCGGCCCCCAGUCUACGAGCCGCUGUCCGACGAGGAGAGCCAGUCUGGGCCGGACGAGGAGGACGAGGACACAGAGGAGUACGGCGCAGCCCCCAGAAAGUGGCAAGGCAUCGAGGCCGUAUUUGAAGCCUACCACCAGUACGCAGAAGAGCACAACAUAGAGAGGCAAGUCCUUCACAGCCAGUGCAAGAAGCUGGAAGCACACAACCACCACCUCACUCGGACGGCGGAGCAGCUCUCCCACACCAUGGGGGAGCUGAUGAGUCACAGGCAGAGGGUUCGUGAGGAGAAUGAGAGACUACAGGCCCAGCUGGAGCACUUCAGGAGGUGUCUGACUCUUCCCAACAUGCAGUGGGGCAGGGGCCAAGUCAACGGACACACGCCAAGGUGA